AUGGAUCAGGUAACUGCUGAGAAUAAUAAUUCUGCAGAGGCUGAUUCUGUGGAAUCAAAAGAUGAUCACAGCAAUCAUCCUGAAUUGUUAUACAAUUUCAAACGGCGAGGCAGUCACAGUGCGGCACCAACCAUCGGUAAAAAUAUAUCCUAUUCAUUGGAUUCCCAUGCAGAUGACGAUGAUGAUGAUGAUGAUGAUGACGAUGGUGAUGACAUAAUUGGCAAUGACGAAGUAUUAUCACCAACAGUCGCCGCUUUAGUUGAUACUCCGUUCACUAGUCGAAGGCGAUCAAUUGUUAAUCGUGAUGGCACUGCUUCGGAAGCAGGAGAUUCUGUCAGAUCUGAACCAGCUGCCCUCAAAAGUUUAGCAAAAUCAUUUCAUUUAUUAGCAAUAGCAAAUGCUAGACAAAGAAAUUUUCUUGUCAGUUCUGGUCGACAAGUAGUGGACGAUUCUGUCGAUCUUGAUAAAUGUUUUCCAGAUCAAGAGGCAUCAGUGAUGGUGGUUACAUGGAAUACAGGUGAAGCUAAAAAUUUAUAUGAACAAAAUCCACAAAAACAAACCGGUUUAACAAAAGAACAAAUGAUCGAAGAUAUGUCCGAUAUUAUUUUACCAACAUGGAUGGAUUAUGUAGCAGAUAUAAUUGUAAUUUGUACACAAGAAAUGUCUGCAUCAAAGAAUAGAGUAGACUGGGAGAUUUUAUUACAAGAAGUUAUUGGUCCAUCACACGUUUUAUUUCAUUCUAUUCAUUUCGGAACAUUGUCUUUAUGUAUAUUUUUAAGACGUGAUCUAAUAUGGUUUUGUUCAGAACUUGAAGAGGAUGUUUUCAAGUUUCGUACAAUUAAUGCAGUGAGAACAAAAGCAUCAGUCGCUGUAACAUUUAAUUUAUUCGGAACAUCAUUUAUGAUUAUUAAUUCACAUUUUGAAGCUGGUGAAGAUCGAGAUGGACGAGCCAAUCGAAAAUUAAAUUUUUCAAAUACAAAACUAAAAUUAAAUAUACCACAUGCAUAUAUCAAACGUAGUCAAAAAAAUUCAAAUUUAAAUCGUCCAGAAAUAACAUCGUCUACAUCAUCGUUAAAUUCUUUGACAAUAGGCGUAGAUGUGACAAGAUCAUCAGACUAUGUUUUAUGGGCUGGUGACAUGAAUUUUAGGAUUGAAGAGCAACUACAAACAGUCAUGGAUUUAAUAAAAAAUAAUCAAUACACAGAGUUACUAUUGAAGGAUGAAUUCAAAACUGCUCAAAACGACUGUUAUAAAGAUUUUUUGGAAGGUGAUAUUCAAUUUGAUCCGACAUAUAAAUAUGAUUUACGGAAUACCGACAGUUAUGCCAAACAUCGCAUACCAUCUUAUACUGAUCGUAUAUUCUAUCGAUGUAAACAAGACCAACAAAUUGAGUGUACACAUUAUAAAUCUAUCUCAAAAGUUAAACAUUCUGAUCAUAAACCGGUUGUCGCUCAUUUCAAAGUGAAACUGAAGCCAAGUUUUGGAAAAAGAAAUUCAACGUUCGGAAAGUUUAACCGCGAUGUGUAUAGACGAGGCUAUGAGCAGCGCGAACACCAUCAUACCCUUGGUAUUGGUAUUAGAGAUCAACAUCGGAAAAGUGUGACUAUGUCAAAAAGUUCUGUUUGUGUGUUACAAUAA